UGAUUCCAAUGAUGGACUUGACUGUGAAUUCCCUGCUGUCUAUGGUGGUUUACAUCUGUUGUACCUGGGCAAUACCUGCUCAGAGUACCUCAGUGAGCUCCAAAAGGCUCCCCAAGAGUUAUUCAGAUGAUCACAUUCUACGCAGUGAGAUGACAGCAAUGGAUCAAAUCAUAGAGGCCAAUGAGUGCCAAGCUGCCCAGCAUCCAGACGGCACUAGUUUCAGGGAUGGCGAUAUCGCUGUGACUUCCGGGAGGCGCUCUAAAGUCUGUUUCGCACGCAGCUGUCUGUGGUCCAAGUCAGUGGACGGACAUGUCUAUGUUGCGUACAGGCUCUCGUUGGACUACAGUGAUCUGGAUCAGAGGAUAAUUAGGUCUGGUAUGGAGAACGUGGAGAGCGGUACCUGCGUGCGUUUUGUUCCGUGGACACAUCAAAGGGACUACCUGGAUAUCCAGCCUAAGUCAGGGUGUUGGUCGUACCUCGGGCAGCGCGGUGGCAGACAGACUUUAUCUCUACAGUCUCCUGCCUGUAUGUUGUCUGGCGUGGCCUCCCAUGAACUCAUGCAUGCCCUGGGCUUCGUGCACGAACAUUCCCGUAUCGACCGGGACAACUACGUCACUGUCCUGUGGGACAACAUUUGGAAAGAUCGAGUGCGGAACUUUGAGAAGUUCAAAACCAACUCUUUGAACGUUCCCUAUGACUACGACUCCAUCAUGCACUUUGGAAUGUAUUCCUAUUCGGAAGACGGAGAUCCUACCCUCAAACCCAAGAGGAAGGACCAAAACAUUCAUCUGGGCCAGAGGACCGGACUCAGUCAACUGGACAAAAUGAAGAUUAACAAACUCUAUAAAUGUGAAACCCUGGAGGAUUAGAAAAAUCCAAACAGUGAAACAUAAUCAUUUACAUGUUAGUCAUUUAGCAGACGCUCUUAUCCAGAGCGACUUACAGUAGUGAAUGCAUACAUUUCAUUAAAAAAAAAUAUCCUUACUGGUCCCAUCGUGGGAAUCGAACCCACAACCCUGGCGGUGCAAACGCCAUGCUCUACCAACUGAGCCACAAGGGACCAUCACCAUAAUCUACUGAAUACAAUCUCUGGUGUCCAGAUAAUUGGAGCAUUUUAAAUAAAGAUUGAUUG